GUCCACUCGUCAUUACUUGCCUAAAAUAAUGAAUACAAAGAAGGGAAUUUCAAUAAAUAGUAAUUAUUACACUAUAUUAAAAAGAAAUAAAUGGAGCAGUGGAGGGGGUAGCGUUAUAAAGCUGCGAUAUCUUGCUCUCGGGCAGCAGACAGCGAUGGCUAUCCCAGUGAAGAAGAUCUUCAUUAGCGACGCAGUGCACGAGAGCUGUGCGGAGCUCCUCCGUGACGCUGGCUUCGAGGUAGAGCAGAAGACCAAGCUUACCGAAGAGCAGCUCAUCAAGGAGAUACAGGAUGUAGAAGCCUUGAUUGUUAGAUCUGAGACAAAAGUAAAGAAUAGUGUUCUCAAUUCUGCCCCUAAACUUCGAGUUGUUGGGAGAGCAGGAACUGGUGUGGACAACAUAGAUGUGGAAGCAGCAACAAAAAAAGGAAUAAUUGUGUUAAACACUCCUGGUGGUAACUCAAUCAGUGCCUGUGAAUUGACUUGUGCACUUGUUGUUGCUUUAGCAAGGAAUGUACCUAGUGGUUGCCAGUCAUUAAAAGAGGGGCGAUGGGACAGAAAGCUUUACACAGGAGAGGAACUUUUAGGGAAGACUCUAGCUGUGUUAGGCCUGGGAAGGAUUGGUCGUGAAGUAGCAUCAAGGAUGAAGGCUUUUGGUAUGAGAAUAAUUGGAUUUGAUCCGAUAGUAAGUGCAGAGUCUGCCGCUGCUCUAGGAAUAGAUAAGAUGGACCUUCCUGAAAUCUGGCCUCUUGCAGACUAUAUCACUGUCCAUACACCUCUUAUACCUCAAACUAAAAAUCUCAUUAAUGAAGACAGCCUUAACAAGUGUAAACCAGGUGUAAAAGUCAUAAAUGUUGCUAGAGGAGGGAUAGUUGAUGAAAAGGCAUUGCUUGAAGCUCUGAAGGAUGGUCGAUGUGGUGGUGCAGCUAUAGAUGUUUUCACAGAAGAACCUCCCAAGUCAGAAUGGUUGUUGGAGUUCAUCAAGCACCCCAAAGUAAUUGCGACACCUCAUCUUGGAGCCAGUACAGUUGAAGCACAAACACGAGUUGCUGUUGAAAUUGCCGAACAAUUGAUUUCAAUAGCGAAACCUGGUGAAGGUUUAGCUGGAGUUGUUAAUGCUCCUGUUCUUAAUGAUUUGAGAGUAGCAUCAAAUACAGCUUGGAUUAAUUUGGGUAGAGACUUAGGAAAUCUAGUUGGCAGGCUCUACAAACAGGAGCCACUUGGAGGAAUGAAAAUCGAUAUCAUAACUACAGGAGUAGAAGCUCUUCGUUUUAUGAAAACGGCUGUUUGUGCUGGUCUCAUGUCAGGAAGGACUGAGAAUGGUCUCAAUCUGAUCAAUGCUUUAUUCCUUGCUGAGGAAGCCGGAGUCCUUGUUACACAAGCUCACCAAGAUAAAAUGUCUGAGCCAUCGGUAUCAAUUGUUGUAUCUGGGAAGAAUCCUCAUAAAGUUUCUGGUACAAUAAGAGGAGGAGAAAGUUGGUUGCUGUCUAUCGAUGAUGCUAACUUUUCUGCAGGAGUAUUACUGAACUCCAACUCCUUAAUUUUUGAAGGAACAAAAGCUAAUGUUGACUGUCCCAAUGUUAUAGGAGCUUUAGUGAAAAAUAGCAUCGUAGUUACAAACAUGGCAGUCGCUAGAGGAAAGAAAGCAGUCUGGAUUGUGGUUCAGGUACUUGAGAAAUCAAACAUACCAAAAAUUGAUGGUCUUAAUGCGUUUUAGUCAGUCAAAAUUAAUAAUAAUUAUUCCAUUUUACUUUAUAAAAAUUUAAAUGAAUUAAUGAUUAUUGAAGUAUUGUCAACUAUUACUGGUAAUGGUGGUGUGAUUUAUUCUUCAUAAUUAUUUAAAAAUUAGGUGCCAUCAUCAGGAUAAUGUUAAAUACUCAUUUAAUAAAUUCCUAAUAACCCCUUACAGAUGAUUUUUUUUUCAAAAAUUAUUUUUGAAAAUUAAAAAAUUUAAGAAUGUAAUUCUUAGAUGAGUGUUUAUAGAGCUCAUUCAGGAAUGAUCCUGAAAUAAAAAGACUGAUAACAAAAAAAAUCAAAAUAAUGCUAUAAGUAAUCAAAUACUUUAUCAAGUCUUUUUUUUUUUUUCUAUUUCUUAUAUUAUUUUCAAUGCAUAAAAUGGAGAUUUAAGUUUUUCUUUUGUAUUAAAUGAAUAGAGAUUAUAUUAUAAAAACAUAUAUCUUUGUUUCCAUCAUGUUUAUAUAUUGACAUCAGUUUAACAUAGGUAAAGAUAAUUUAUUAUUAAUGUUAGUCAGACUUUUUGAAAUGUAUUUUUAUUAAUUUUAUAAUAUAAAAGUAAAGAAAAAACAAUUGUAAAUAGUUUUUAUAACAGUAUUGUUAUUAGUUGCUUAGAAUAAAACGUCUGAAAUUUGAAUUGUAAUUAGGUAUAUCAAAUAUAAAGUUUGAAUUGAUUUAAUAAAAAAAUGUUAUAAUUAAUUAUUUCCUUUCCUGAACCAUAACUGUCAGAUAAUAGAAGGUAAAUGUAAGUUCUUUUU